AUGGAGCUUGUGGUGAGCCCAAAGGAGGUCACCCAGGCCCUGCGCCGCGCGAAGAGCUUCUCCGCGGCGCUGGGGCUUUUGGCGCGGCUGAGGAGCCGCAGCUGGCAGCCGGACCUGACGCCCGGCCUGAAACUUGCUGGGAAGGAGGAGAUUAGGUUGGACAUAUUGGGCACCCAAGGCACACUCCACAAGACCCUCAGAAGAUCAGCCUACACGGAACUCGCCUUGUGCCAGCGGCUGGCUGGCCGGCUCAAGGCAUUCUUGUCGGGGAGCACAGCCCAGCUGGCCCAGUAUUUGGGGGUGAGCCAGCGCUACGCGUCGGUCAUGCAGGCGGUGCAUGAGGAGUUCCACGAGUGGAAGUUGAGUAGCUUUGACAAGGACAUGUGUAUGCUCACCUGCGGUUGCUAUCUCCUUGUAUGGUGCUGCUGUGGUUGUGACUCUCAAACCCUUUUGGAAACUGGCGAGCACGGUGUUCCUGGUCAGCAGUCCAUGGAUGCGCCGAUGCAGGAGCCUGGAUCCUUGCUGGAGGCCUUCCAGAGUCGCAUCACCCCGGAGCAGGUCCAACAACUCUUCGAGGGCGAGCAGUUCGCGAAGAGGGAGAACUUCUUGCUGUGGCUGAUGGGCAAGAGAUUUGGCAAGCAGGACAAGAAGGAUUUCCAGGCCUGUCUCGCGGAAGUGAAGACAAGGGCGCCAACUUUGCUGACGGAGGACGAGGCCAUCAAUGCCCAGGUAGAAGCCGACGUGCACCUGGCCAAGACCAACUCCAGAGCCACCGUCCGCCUGGCGAAGACCUUGACCACGGCUCUGCUGGCGAAGCACGGAGAGCAACUCCAGCAGCACGGGCUCAGCGCUUUGGGCCUCGGUGCCUGCGAGAAGCUGCUCUGCGACGGGUCCCUGAGCUAUGAGCUUACGGCCGGCGGCAUGCACCAGUGUCGCUGGAACUGCCCGGCGGGCUUUAUGCCCAAGACCUACAAGGAGCUGCGCUUGGCCCAGGACGGGGUAGUGGAACCCAUGCCGCUGACCGUCUCCGCCAACCUGAGCGAGUCGGCGGCGGAGGACGUCAUCAACGACUCCGACAAGCCGGAGAGGGACUACGAGGCGUCGAGCACUUGGAGCAUCUUGAAGGACCUGCCCUACGACAACGAGCCCGCCUUCAGCGCGGAGCCGUUGAAGAUCCUCAAGGCCUUGUCCCCCACCGAGCUGGGCGGCACCAUGCCCGCGGCUUUCCGCUACUGGGGGGAGUGCCGCACCGCGGACGCGCAGGUCGGGGAUCUGAUGGUGUUCCAGGGGGAUGGAGAGAUUCCGAAGGGCACCUUGGUGAAGGUGGAAUACCUUGAGGGCUCUGGAAACAUCAUCAACUGGCGCCCCACGGUGCCAGCCGGCAGCGCCAGCGUGAAGUAUCAGGACCAGGCGGUGAUGGUGAACUUGGGCGAUCUGCGGCACGUGGACGUGGUGCCCGUGAAGCUCCCCAGAGGUAUCAAGGAUUGGCUCUUGGCCACCAACGACACCUUGCAGCUCCAUAUGCCCCUGCCAAGCGGGGACAAAUCGACGAAGGACACCUACUACGUGACCCCAGAGCUCUCCAAGAUCCACCGGGGAGCCCUAGCACACAAGGCGGACGACUGGCGCCAGGCGCUCCUGCUGCGCCUGGAGCCCCGGCCGGGGGUGGUCUUUGACACCGUCCUCCUCUCCGCCUGCGCGCGCCAGCGCGCGUGGGCCUGCGCGCAAGCGCUGCUCCGAGACACGGAGCCGGACGUGGUGGCGCUGAACAGCGCGGUGCACGCGUUGCCCUGGGCCGAAGCGCUGCAGCUGCUGCAGCUUGGCCGAGCCAGCCGCCUGGCGGAUGAGAUUUCCGGGAAUUCUGGCGCAGCGGCCUGCCAAAGAGAGGGCCGCUGGCGCGAGGCCCUGCGCUUCCCAGGCAAUCUCUUCACUUCCUCCUCCGUUUUGGCCGCGGCGGCUUUGGCGGAGAAGUGGCUGCAGGCCCUUGCAUCGCUAGGUGGCAUGGCCCUGUGCACGGCGCAGCCCAAUGCAGUGAGCUUCAAUGCGGCGAUGAGCGCCUGCCUCAACCGCUGGCGCCGCGCAGAGAAUUUGCUGGGCUCCGCGAAAGAGGAACGUGUCGGUCCCGACGUGGUGGGCUUUGGCUCGCUGCUGGCCUCCUGCCGCGCCGCCUGGAAGCGGGCGCUGCUGGCCAUGGCAGGGCUCCAGGCGCGGCUGCCUCGCGCCUCGUCCGCGGCCCGCGGCGCGCUGCUUGCGGCCCUGGGCUUUGCGCAGCUCUGGCGGCGGGCAUUCGGCGCACUGGGGCCGAGGAGGAGCGGGUUGCUGUGCAACACGGCGCUGGCCGCUUGCUCCGCCGACGGCUUGGGGACCUCCGCAAUGGGUGCCUGGAGAGCGGCCGGCGCGCUGCUGAAAUGCAUGGCGCGCAGCCAGGUUCAGGCGGACCGCCUCAGCCUGGAGGCCGCGCUGGCGGCGCGGCCGCCCUGGCGCUCCGCGCUCGCCUUCGCGCGCGCCGCGGCGACGUCCGGCCGCGCGGCGACCGCAGGUGUCGUCACCUCUUGCUGCGCUGGGGCCGUGUGGGACUUCGCGCUCUUCGUCUUAGGCGAGGAGGAUGCGGAGGCCGUGGGCGGCUUGGAAUUGCUCGGGGCGGUGUGCGCCGCGGUGCCGGCGCGGUGGGCGCCUCGGCGCCUGGCGCAGCUGGCGGACAGCGGCCUGCGGCGCCUGGAGAAAAACCGCGCGGCCGCGGUCCGUCCCACAAGCGUCCCGCCAUGCGCGACGAGCAUGCGGCAGCACUUGGCGGGCCUCGCGCCGGCGGAGGCCACCCGCGUGCUGCAGUCGCUGGCCAAGGAGCGGCGCGGAGAUCUGGCGCUCCAAGUUCUCGAGGCGCUAAGCCACGCGGCGGUGGAGGUGAACGUCUUCCACGUGGGGGCGGCGCUCAACGCCUGCGAGAAGAGUUCCUUGUGGCGCGAAGCCACGGAUUUGCUGCGGAAGGCGCCGGUGCUGUCGGAGAUUUGCAUCAACAGCGUCCUCAGCGCCUCUGCGAAGACGGAGCCGGCCUGGCGAAGAUGCGGGGGGCUGCUCGAAAGGCUGCGCGCCGGCGCCCUGGCGCCGAAUCCCAGCAGCACUGGCUUCAACGGCGCCCUCCGCGCGGUGAGGCACUGGCCGCAGGCGCUGGGCUGGCUGAGGCGCAUGCGCUGCGCCCGCGCGCGGCGGGACGCCAUCAGCUACACCGCGGCGGUGACGGCGCUGCGGGGCGCCUGGCGUGUGGCGCUGGUGCAAACGAGGGCCUUUGAAGGCGAGGGCGGCACGUUGGACGCGCCCUGCCGCUCUGCGCUGGUGAUGGCACAGAGGAGCUGGCACAGCUCCGCGCGGCUGCUUUCCGAUGACAUCGACGCCGCCUGCUGCCACAGCGCGGGGGCGGUGCUUCAAGAGUCGGGCAGAUGGGACGAUGCGCUAGACUUGCUGGGCUUUGUGUCCAGAACGCUUCAGCCGAAUGUCAUUACUUUCAACAGUGCCAUGCCCACUGCUUCGCAGUGGCCCUUGGCUCUUCAGCUCCUGGACGCUGUGGACCAGGCGCGGCUCCGGCGCAGCCUCUUCAGCUGGAACGGCGCGGCCGCGGCCCUGGGCGCGGCUGCCCGCUGGCGCCGGAAGCUGCGGCUCCUGGCGCGCAUGGGGCAGGAGGCCGCGGCGCCCAGCGUGAUGAGCCUCACCGAGGUCUCCCGUUGGCAUUGGGCGCUGCGGCUGCUGAACGGCAUGCUCCGGCGCCGCGUGCGGCUCGACGGGCAGGCGCUGGCCGCUGGGGCGGCGGCCUGUGAGAAGGCCGGCGCCUGGCGCCCGGCGCUGCACCUGGCGCAGAGCUGCGCCGCCCUGGGCGGGGCGACGAGCUGCGCGCUGGGCGCGGCGUGCGCGGCCAGCGGGAGGUCCUUCGUUGGGUCAAAGGGGGCAAAGCAGAACUGGGCCAAGUUCCAGAUGGGCUUUGGAUCUGGAUUUAAAGAAAGGCUUGCGCUGCAGCUGCUGUUUUUCUACGAGCCCGACAUGAUCAGCUUCUGCGAUGCGCCCAUCAUGCUCGGACGAGUGACCAGCAGCAUCCGUUUUCGCCGCGCGGAUUGGAGCCUGGCGCGGGGCGUCAGCCAGGUGCUGGCGGAGCCCAUGGCUUGGAACCAGGCUCCGGUGAUCGUUACCACGCUCCCGAACGGCGUGAAGGUUGGGCCGGGCAAUGCAGAGGUGGCUACCAAGGAGACCUUCGCCGAGGCGCGCUCAGAGGAGUUCGGCUACGAGAGACGGGGAGCCCGGUUCGCCCGCAGGUUCAUGGCGCGCGCUUUGGUGCUUCCCGUCUCUCCGAGGCCGGGCGCCGGCUCCUCCCUGAGCAAGGCUUGGCAGCAGCUCCAAGCCUGCGAGCAAGGUGCCUUGCCGCCGGCCAUCUUCCUCGUGGUGCUCGGUGCUUCGCAAGAGGCCCCGCACGACUUUGACCAGGACCAAGCGGAAGAGGUUUGCAGUAUUCUCCAGAAGAUUCGGCGGCCACUGAUCGGUGUGGCGACCGGGUUCCUGGGUAAGGCAGCUGUAGCGCUGCUCCGCGGCUGCGACCGCGUGCUGGCGGGAGAGGAGGCGCGCUUUCGAGAGGGCGAGCAACUGGUCACGGCCGAAGCGCUGCAGCUGGGAUUGCUGCAAGUGGUCCCUGCGGCAAACUUGGGCUGCGAGAUAGCGGCCCUGGCCAAGCAACUUGAGAUGAAGAGCAGCGAUGAAGCGCUCGCCUCGAUGAAGGUCAACUUCCUUUGCGCCAAGGUCUUGCGAUUAAUGCAGCCCCAGGUGCAGGCGGGACACUUCGAGCACCAAGAAAGAGCUCGCCGACCUCGCGGAGGUUUCCACUCGCGGGAGAGGUGA